UAACAAGAUUCAGACGUAUAUAUCUUUUUUCUAAGGGUCUCCUUUUACACUUUUCUUUUCUAUUAGAAACACGCACGUUCUCUGGGAAUUGACUAGAGUAUCGAAUUCUUGCAGUUUUGGAAUUAAGAAUUAACCAAUUCACUAGAAGAUGGUAGGAGGAUUUAGAGUGAUUCAUCUUGUGAGACCAUUCCUUGCAUUCUUACCAGAAGUCCAAUCUCCAGAAAGAAAGAUUCCGUUUAGAGAGAAAGUCAUAUACACUGUGAUCACUCUCUUCAUCUUCUUGGUUUGUAGCCAAUUGCCACUUUAUGGAAUCCAUUCCACUACAGGCGCGGAUCCAUUCUAUUGGAUGCACGUCAUUCUGGCUUCAAGCCGAGGUACGGUUAUGGAGCUUGGUAUUACACCAAUCGUCACUUCCGGAAUGGUGAUUCAGCUUCUUGCUGGUUCUAAGAUCAUUGAAAUCGACAACAAUGUCCGUGAAGACCGUGCACUUUUGAAUGGUGCACAGAAGCUGUUGGGAAUCAUCAUCGCUGUUGGCCAAGCAGUUGCAUAUGUUCUCUCUGGAAUGUAUGGUAGUGUUGGGGAACUAGGAGUUGGGAAUGCUGUUCUUAUCAUUGUUCAGCUCUGUUUUGCUGCCAUCAUCGUUCUUUGUUUGGAUGAGCUUCUUCAGAAAGGUUAUGGCCUCGGUUCUGGAAUUUCCCUUUUCAUUGCUACUAAUAUCUGUGAGAGCAUUAUAUGGAAAGCAUUCAGUCCUACAACCAUCAACAGCGGGCAUGGAGCUCAAUUUGAAGGAGCUUGUAUUGCUCUUUUCCACCUUCUCAUCACUCGAACAGAUAAAGUCCGCGCACUUCGUGAAGCGUUUUUCAGGCAGAGCCUUCCCAAUGUGACGAAUCUGCUUGCCACAGUCUUGAUCUUUCUGAUAGUGAUCUACUUUCAAGGCUUUCGAGUAGUUUUACCGGUGAGAUCAAAGAAUACUCGUGGACAGCAAGGCUCUUAUCCUAUCAAAUUGUUCUACACCUCGAACAUGCCUAUCAUCUUGCAGUCAGCUCUUGUCUCCAAUAUCUACUUCAUCUCUCAGAUAUUAUACAGAAAGUUUGGUGGGAACUUUUUGGUGAACUUAAUUGGUACGUGGAAGGAGUCAGAAUACAGCGGGCAAUCUAUCCCUGUUGGUGGUAUUGCGUACUACAUAACCGCCCCGUCAAGCUUAGCUGAGAUGGCAACUCAUCCUUUCCAUGGUCUGUUCUACCUAGUGUUCAUGUUAGGCGCAUGUGCGUUGUUCUCUAAAACCUGGAUUGAAGUCUCCGGUUCAUCAGCCAAAGAUGUCGCCAAACAACUAAGAGAACAGCAAAUGGUAAUGCCUGGUCACCGAGACUCAAACCUUCAAAAGGAACUGAACCGAUAUAUUCCCACGGCUGCAGCUUUAGGCGGUCUGUGCAUUGGUGCACUCACUGUCUUGGCUGAUUUAAUGGGAGCUAUUGGGUCAGGAACUGGAAUCCUUCUUGCAGUUACAAUCAUAUAUCAAUAUUUUGAAACCGUCGAAAAAGAAAAAGCAAGCGAGCUAGGUUUCUUCGGUUUGUAAAAGCUCAUUAGAACAUAGAAGUAGUCAAUCACCAUUCAUGCAUGUAUAUCUUAAAAUCUCCUAAGCUAAUAGAGAUAGACUCUUAAU